AUGCUUAUAGCUCCGCCAUCGUCGCCCCAAACACCCGAGAAAAAGUGCAGAUCUCCUAAGCGCGGCCUUGAGAAGUCUCCGUCACCUUCCUCAAUUUCCAAACUCACCGAGGAAUCAUUUAGAUACCUAGGCACUUCAUAUCUCUCAGCAGAAGAGGAAAAGGAAGCCCGGAACACUCCAUCUCCACCAAAAAGACAACGAAUGACAUGGAAUCUGGUAGAAAGAAAGAUAGAUGCCCAGGUUAACAUAACCGCGGACAAAUCCAAAGCUCCCGAGAAUCCUCUAUCAAGAAGGGAGAGGCGAGUUUUGGAGAAAAGACACAGACUAAAGCUAGUAAUAAGGAAAAAAGAGGAGCCAGAAGUCAUUGCUUCCGCUCCAUUGACAAGCCUUGCAGGCGUAACUUGUUGUGAAAAUGAGUCCACUGCGGAGAACAGAGGUAUGGAUGAGGACACUGGGAAGGUGGAAGAGAAAUUGCCGUCUAGUUUGACUGAAGAAAGAAGGGAGGGGGAAGAAACAAAGGAUGACCUUCCGGUCCUUGUCAAACUUUGCGAGGGCUUGGAAGUGAAUCAAGCAUCUCCAAGGAUUGGACAAAUGAAAGCAGGCAGUGGAAUUGAUAAUCAUUCGACUACUAUUGGAACAGACUUGUUUGGUGGAAAGGAAAACAUGGUUAAAGGCAUAAAAUUCGCUCCCCGAGGCCCAGAAAAGAGAGGGCAAUGGGCCAUUGCACACAAAAGAGGAGAUUCGGAAACUUAUUUGAAGAUUCUCGAGCUAUUGUAUGGCGAGGAAGAAACAGAAAUAAGAAGGAGAUGA